AUGCCUUUGUUACACAAGUCUAGUCAAUUGUUGCCCAAACCGGUUUCAUACAAGUUGAAUCCCAGAAGAUCACCAAUCAUAACCAAUAAAGCCAGAAAGCUAUUCUUUUAUGUUCUUGCUUUGAUAGUGUUUGGAUACAUUAUUUUGGAGAUAGUUGGCGCACGAAAUGGCGAUGCAAAUCCCAAUGGAAAUGAAAAUAGCUUGAAACAGAAUAAAGUUGAGAAUUUUAAUACUGCAAAGGAGUUGAAUUCAAAGAACUUGAAUGGCAAAGUCCAAAAUCCAGAUAAUAAAGAAGAUAUAUUGAUCAACAAUAAUAAAUUGAUCAACAAUGGAAUCUUGGAAGAUUUUAAAGAGGUUCCUAAAUCCAAUUUGAAAAACAUUGUUGAUGAUGGUAAUACUAAAAACAAGGAUCAAAAGGAAAUAAUAAAGGAUAAAGACUCUAAAUUUGAUCCAAGUUUUAAAUUCAAGCUAAAUGACGAAUCGGUAUUAGAUUCCAAUUUGAGUCCAAAAGAUGAUGUUCAAAAUAUUGAUUUAGAUGCAGAAGGUGAACCUGAAAUCGAGGUUAUAAAUAGAAAAUCGAUUAAAAAGAAACCGAUAAUAAAUUUACAAGAUGUUGAAUAA